AUGGCGGGGAUGGCGAAUCUGGCAAAUACCAUGGAAGCGAAUGCUGCUGCGACUCUGCAAGCUGUGCAGAUUUUAGCCCAACCAGCCAGAAGUGGAAACGAAAAUAGAGAAGGUGCUGAGGACAGCUUGAGAGGUGUUCCGAGAACUCUAACUGCUUUCCGGAAAGCUGACCCGUUGGUUUUCAAUGGUUCGACAAACCAUACUAAAGCAAACAACUGGUUCCAAGCUAUGGGGCGUGCAUUGCUAACUCAACUUGUACCGUAUGACCAGUUCAUGGAGCAUGCGGCUUACCAACUAGUGGGAGAAGCUCAACAAUGGUGGCAAGGAGAGCGCCGACUACUACUCCAACAGAACGUGAACAUUACCUGGGUGUUAUUCGAGGAAGCCUUCUACAAUAAGUUCUCGAGAAUAAGUCAGGGUACUCCUGAGUCUUAUGAGGGAUGGAAAUGCAUCAAAUACGAAGUAGGGCUGAGGGAAGAUAUUAGGCGUGUCAUGGCUCGAUUGGAGAUUAGGAGAUUCUCUGAAUUGGUGGACAAGGCGAGGAUUAUUGAAGAACAUGCAAAAUUGGUAGCCUCGUCAAAAGACACUCCUGGGGAAAAUACUAGUAGGGAACGCACGAUAACCUUGGACGAAGGGGACAAAACUUCAAGAGAUAUAGUGAAGAAAAGUGGUCAAGAGCUUACUACCCUACUAUAA